AUGGCACAUCCCUCGCAGCUAGGAUUCCAAGAUGCAGCUUCACCUGUUAUAGAAGAACUUCUUCACUUCCAUGACCACGCCCUGAUAAUCGUCUUUCUGAUCAGCACACUGGUACUUUACAUUAUUGUGGCGAUAGUCUCAACCAAACUCACUAACAAAUAUAUCCUAGAUUCCCAAGAAAUCGAAAUCAUCUGAACAAUUCUCCCAGCUAUUAUUCUUAUCCUUAUUGCCCUUCCCUCCCUACGCAUUCUCUACCUUAUGGACGAAAUNAACGACCCCCAUCUAACAAUUAAAGCUGUCGGGCAUCAGUGAUACUGAAGCUACGAAUAUACAGACUACGAAGACCUAGGCUUUGACUCAUACAUGAUCCCUACACAAGACUUAGCCCCUGGUCAGUUCCGACUACUUGAAGCAGACCACCGAAUAGUGAUCCCAGUUGAAUCNCCCAUCCGAAUCCUAAUUUCUGCCGACGAUGUCCUCCACUCAUGAGCAGUCCCUUCUCUUGGAGUAAAAAUGGAUGCAGUCCCUGGACGACUAAACCAAACAGCCUUUAUCGCAUCCCGACCAGGAGUCUUUUAUGGUCAGUGCUCUGAAAUUUGCGGGGCCAACCAUAGCUUUAUACCUAUCGUAGUUGAAGCAGUUCCACUAGAGCACUUUGAAAACUGAUCAUCUCUAAUACUUGAAGACGCCU